UUACCCGCCGCCCGACACGGUCACACCGCUCGAGAAGUAGAGAAAAAAGAAGGCGACGAAUCAAAAGCAGCAAGCAGCAAGCAAAAUCGACGCCGCACGUACCGGGAGCAUUUAAAUAAUUUUUUCUGUGGAUUAAUUUAACCGAAAAGGCUUCAACACAAUGACUGAGCGCGAGAACAAUGUGUACAAGGCAAAGCUGGCCGAACAGGCCGAGCGCUACGACGAAAUGGUUGAGGCCAUGAAGAAGGUCGCCUCCAUGGACGUCGAGCUGACUGUCGAGGAGCGAAACCUGCUGUCGGUGGCGUACAAGAAUGUGAUCGGAGCACGGCGGGCCUCGUGGCGCAUCAUCACCUCGAUCGAACAGAAGGAGGAGAACAAGGGCGCCGAGGAGAAACUGGAGAUGAUCAAAACCUACCGGGGACAGGUUGAGAAGGAGCUGCGCGACAUCUGCUCGGAUAUACUGAACGUGCUCGAGAAGCAUCUCAUUCCAUGCGCCACAUCCGGCGAAAGCAAAGUAUUCUACUAUAAGAUGAAGGGCGACUACCAUCGCUACCUGGCCGAAUUCGCCACCGGUUCGGAUCGCAAGGAUGCGGCGGAGAACUCGCUGAUUGCCUACAAGGCGGCCAGCGACAUUGCCAUGAACGAUCUGCCCCCAACACACCCCAUCCGCUUGGGCUUGGCAUUGAACUUCUCGGUGUUCUACUAUGAGAUACUCAACUCGCCGGACCGCGCUUGCCGAUUGGCGAAAGCCGCUUUCGAUGAUGCCAUUGCCGAGCUGGAUACGCUGAGUGAAGAGAGCUACAAAGACUCGACACUCAUCAUGCAGCUGCUGCGGGACAACCUCACAUUAUGGACGUCCGAUAUGCAGGCAGAAGAAGUAGACCCCAACGCAGGUGAUGGCGAGCCCAAAGCAGAAAUCCAGGAUGUUGAGGAUCAGGAUGUGUCGUAAUUUAAGUAAACCCCCGCCCUUCCAUUUAAAACACAUUAUAUACCUUCUAAAGUAAAUAUAAUACCAUAUAAUAUAUAUGCAUACAACAACAACAAAAACAACAACACGACAGCAACAACAACACGGAACCAAAACGGCAACAACAACAUCCGCAAUCAACGAACGACAGCAAUAGCAGCGAGUAUAAAAGUAGCAGCAGCAACAGCAACAUCAGCAUAAACAACAACAAGCAAAUCCAGCAGCAAGCAACAAUAUUUCAUCAACAAUAAACAACAUGGAAAACAACAGCACAAAAACAGAAAAAAAAACCAAACAAAAUGUUUGAAAAUUGGGCGGCCUGGUGGGCGUGGCGGCAUGGCUGUUGCUGCGGCAAGAGAUCGAAACAUAAAGAAUUCGCGUCACUAUUUUUUGUCGUCGUCUGGCGAUGUGGCUCCUCCACUUUAGAAAACUGCAACAUCAACUACUACAUUUGAAAUUUUUGCAUUCGAGAAACCAAGCAUUAUAUUAUAUUUAAAUAAAUAUUAUAUUUAAUUAUGAGAAGCAAAAAA